AUGUAUGUGGAAUGGUUUGAUACAGUAAUGUUUUACUAUGUUAUUUUAGUGAAUUUAGUGAAUGUCACUUUUUGUCAUUUUCAAAUUUCCCACCGUUCCGUCCCCGUACUUCCCGACGUCGCAGGGGACGGAACCCAGAAGACAGAUGCCGGUAUCCGCCGGAGGACAUUACAGGGGACACUGCAGGAGGGACAUCGCGGGAGCGCAGGACAAGGUAAGAGAAGAACAGAUCCUGGAGCAGCGCCGCAUGGUAAGCCUGAGUGUAGCUCGGGGUUACCGUUUGUGCUACACUCGGGAAUACCGCCAGGGAGGCUACGGGAA